GGGAGGGGAGGUGGUCAGCCUAGUGAGGGUGGAUCAGCCUGAGUGUGGUGUAAUGUGGUGGAGGAGAGGAGACUGCAGCAGUGAUCUUGUGGUUAGAGGCUCCCUGUCCUUUGAAGAGGCUCCCAGAGAGCUGAAGCGGUUUCCAGGCGGGCCAAGACGUACACAGAGGAGCUCAGUAGCCAGCAGCCAACAUGUACAGUGGAUAUGGAGGGAGCCCCUCCAGAGCAGUGUCCACCAUGUCGCUGUCCGCGCGGCCCUCGCGCCGGCUCGUCUCACGCUCCAUCACUAGGAGUCAGUCCUUCGCCGGAGUCAACUCCUCCUACGACAAACCCUACAGGUCGCUUGCGGUGUUCAGCACCCCAGGGUGUACCAGGAAGGCGUCUCAUCGAGGCAGCAGGAUGUUCACGCUCUCUACCAAGUCAGUACCUCCCAAGGUGCCUCAACCGGAGAGGCUGGAUGAAGUCUAUGAGGCGCUCAAGAGAGGCCUGCAGUCCUAUCUGCAUGUCCAUCAGAUGGAGCUGGACAGCCUGAGCCGACAAAUGAAGGAGUCCAAGAGGAACUCACGCCUGGGCUUCCUAUAUGAACUGGACAAGCAAGUGAAGGUCAUCGAGAGGUUCAUGCGAAGGCUGGAGUUCCAUCAGAGCAAGAUUGAUGAGCUCUAUGAUGGCUACUGCAUGCAGCGUCGUCUGAGGGACGGGGCUAAUAAGAUGGUGAAGGCCUACACCGCCUCCACCGGGAGCCGAGAGGCCAGGGAGAGCCUGUCAGAGGCCAACAAGGGAUUCAAAGAGUACACAGAGAAUAUGUGCAUGCUGGAGAAUGAGCUGGAAAACCAGCUCGGAGAGUUCCACAUCAAAAUGAAAGGUCUGGCGGGCUUCGCAAGGCUCUGUGCCGGAGACACGUACGAGAUCUUCAUGAAGUACGGGCGUCAGCGCUGGAAGCUGCGGGGGAGGAUAGAGAUCAACGGGAAGCAGGUCUGGGACAGCGAAGAGAUGGUCUUCCUCCCCCUCAUCACAGAGUUCCUGUCUAUUAAGGUAACGGAACUGAAGAGCCUGGCCAAUCACGUGGUGGUGGGCAGUGUGUCGUGCGAGACCAAGGACCUGUUCGCCGCGCUGCCUCAGACGGUCGCCGUGGACAUCAACGACCUUGGAACCAUCAAGCUCAGCUUAGAGGUCACAUGGAAUCCGUUCGACAAGGAUGACCAGGGGUCCUCGGCCAGCACGGUCAACAAGCCUCCGACGGUCAACAAGCGCUUCUCAACGUACAGCCAGAGCCCCCCCGACACCCCCUCCCUGCGCGAGCAGGCCUUCUAUAACAUGCUGCGUCGCCAGGAGGACAUGGAGAACGGCACAGCCUGGUCCAACUCCUCCGAGUCCUCCGACGACUCCUCCAGCCCGCAGCUGUCGGUCGGCCUGCGCCACUCGCAAUCCCACAAGCCCGUGGUGCAGCCGGAGGUGCAGGCUGCCGCCCCCGCUAUCGAGAUCGCCUUUGCCCCCCGCGACACGCACACCUCCACGCCCUCGCGCCUGCCCAACCAGAAGGUGGACGAAGAGGAGGAGGAGGAGGAGGAGGAGGAGGAGGACAAAGAGGACCAGGAAGUGGUGAAGGUGAAGGUCACUCCCGUUGUGGUGGCAACGGCGGCGGCCCCUGCCGCGUUGGACGCUGGGAAGGCGGAGGUCCCGAACGGCCACGCCCGCUACUCGCGCUCGCUCAGCCACAUCAGCGAGCACAGCGUGGACGGCGCCCUGACGGACAGGCCCAUCAGCGAAUCGGCUGAGCCGUCUGAGGUGGCUCCUGCCGCCGCAUUGGCCAGUGACGUUCCUGCGGAGGCUGCAGGGAAGGCGGAGCCUGCAGCUACUGUGGAGGCCUGCAGCAGCAGCAGUAUACCUGUACCUGUAUCUGUACCUGAGGACACACCUGAGCAGGCCGCAGGCGACAACGGCCCCCUCCAGGCCUCCUCACACCCAGAGGAGGUGAUCGCAGAGCAGGAGAAGGAGGAGGAGGAGGAGGAGGUGGAGGCCGCCUCCCUCCCCACAGCCUCCGAGGAGCAACAGCAGGAGGAGGUGCAGGAGGACGAGCUCCCCGCUGAGCCCGAGGGCAGCUCCAAGGUCGUUUCCGAGGAGACCCAGUCAGGUGACUCCCUGGCACGGACUGAGGAGCCAGCCCAGCGUGGUGAGCAGGAGGAGUCACCGCAGCAGCAGGUAGAGGCCGAGGCGGAGUUGGAACCGGAGUCCAUACUGGUGAGGGCCCACGUGGCCGUGGUGGAGGCCGAGGAGGAGCCUGGGGCUGGAGUAGAGGCCGUGUCCAGCGGCGGUGAUGCGGAGGAGGGUACGGAGGCUUUGGACGUGGCCCUGGAGGAGGCCCUGAGUGCGGCCAUCUCCUCUCUAGACGACUACCGCGGCCAGUUCCCAGAGCUGCAGAUGCUGGAACAGGAGCUGAGGCUGCUCGAACGGGCUCUGGCGGGCUGCAGUCGGAGCCGGUCGUCCAGUGUGAGCCUGACAGUAGAGACGGCUCUGGAGAGCUUUGACUUCCUCAAUACCUCCGACCUGGAGGAAGAGGAGGCGGAAGAGGAGGAGGAAGGAGAGAAGAGGAGGCCACCGGACAGUGAGCGUGUUGGCGCCCCCGAGAGGCCGGCGGAUGAAAGUGCGGGUGAGGAUGAGGGCUGUGAGGAGAGGUGCUGGGAGACCCCCUGUGGACCCCUCUCCACCGGCUCCCCAGCUCUAGACCGCACCCUGCUGGUGCACCUGAAGAACUGCAGCACACAGCUCCUGCGUCUGGGUACCUUCGGUCCUCUGCGGUGCGGUGAGAUGUAUGCUCUGGAUCGGCUCCUGAGGGAAGCGCGAGUUCUAGAACUCAUCAGACGUCUCGCCACAGACGCCACAGAUGGCCUCAGCCAACCAGAGGAGGUGGUGCCCCAGCUGGACCAGUGUCAGGGGGCGGUGUCGCUAUGGAAACGGUGCAUGGCGGCAGGCGAUGACGGGGCCGUGCACUGCACCUCCACAGAGAGCUUUCUGAGCGCGCUCAGUACCACCUACUCCUCCAGGCUGCCUGAGAGGGCCUCAAGCCUCGCUGACUCAGUGUUCCUGCGUCUGGUGGAGCGCCUGCUGGAGAGGAGGCUUCCGCGGAGGGGGGGAGGGGCGGCGCGGGAGAUGAUCACGCUGUUUCAGUUCUGGAGCUACCUGGAGGCCGAGGGGGUCAUAGACCUGGACUCACACGUCUCCGAACUGGCAGAGGAAGUAUGGCUAGUCCACUGCCUGGGUAGCGGUGAGCAGGAUGUGUUGCUGCGAGCCCUAAAGCGCCCCCCAGAGGCCAGUCUGAAGAGGGAGGGGCUGCGGGCCGUCAGCCUGUUGCUACGGGACCCCCGCGGGAAAGUCCACAGCUCCGCUAGCUCACUACUACGCAGCCUCGCAGAGCAGACGCGACACCGAGAGAGGGCACUGGUGAGCUGCCUGGAGCUGCUGGAGGAUGAGAAUGUGGAGACGCGCGUUUGUGGAUGUAAAGCCCUCGCGUGCCUAAAGGCCAAAGAGAGCAUCGAGCAGCUGGUGUACCUGUGUCGCACCGACAAGGAGGAUGUGAGGGAGGCGGCCAAGCAAGCUCUACUGGUGUUGGGUGAGGAGGGCAAGCUGGCGCAUCGGCACGUGGAGUCGUCGCAGGAUGGAGUGGCGCGCCUCUUCGCACCCGGCAGCAUGGCCAGCACCGCCUUCUGAGCGCGCUCACAGGAAGCAGAACCACUGCACCGAGAUGCACAUCCACACACAACACCCGUCUGCCCAACUGACGCCUGGAAACACCACAUGCACACACACACACACACGGGCCCUGAAAUGACAUGCGCACACAUGAACACACAUCCCUCCUGAACUAGCUGCUGUCAUCAAUCUCUGGAGACACACAGACACACACACACCAGUCUACCCAGCAAUGGCCUGGACCUCUGUAGACACACACAUACACACACACAAACCACCUUAACCAGCUGAGUCCAGGACGUCAGACAGCUAUACACACACCCAGACAGCACGCCUGAACCCAGCUGUGUCGGCCCAAUCUUGCCAAUCCCAGACACUCAGAUGGUUACACUAAUCACUACACUGUAAAAGUGUGGGCAAGACCAGACCCACCCACGGACUCAAGCCUAACUGUACUCUAUUGGCAGUCGUGUGUGUGUGUGUGUGUGUGUGUGUGUGUGUGUGUGUGUGUGCGCGCGCGCGCACGCGUGUGUGUGUGUGUGUGUGAGAGAGGCAGUGUGCUGUGGCAACCACCAUGGACCGCUAUAUAUACCCACUAUCUCCCAAUCUCAGACUAAUCAAUCAUACAUGUCUAUAUUACCCAGCUAUAACAUUAUUGUUGUGAGGGAACGUGCGAUGACUACAUUACAGCAGUCUGAUGAUGGACGGUGGAAUGUCCUGCAGAGUAUGAAGAGGGGUGAGGGUUGUAAUUGUACUGCCUUAGUAUUUGGGCCCGAUGGCGUUGCCUUUUCCUGGACACAAUACGAAGCGCAGCCUCCAGACAAGCAGCUGGUUAGGUUACCCUGGCACAGAAGACUACGCUCAAGACGAGAUGCCCACUCUCUCAAGAGGCAGCAUAACAGGGUGGAUGGGAGUGCGGGUCUACAUGCUUUGUUUUUCGUUUGAUUUCUUUUUUUUUUUUGAAACUGUGGAGGAAUGCACUUUUUGAAUGGUUGACUUUUGUGGUGAGGACAAUGACAUUGCCGAUUGCGUGGAGGGUGUGAAUGCUUGGUGCGAACGCUUGUUGAAGAAUGUUAGUAGGUAGGUGGGUGGGGGAGGGGCGUGAUGAGUAUCAAUGCAUUGGGAGUGGCAUAAGAGGAAGGACGCCACCUAGACCCCACCCCACCCCCACCAUCCCCCAAACACACCUCACGGACCAUUCCAACCUGGAGGGGGGAGGGGAGGGGGACACUAAAGCAUCACAGUGCCAUCAUUCUAUAUUGUCAAAUAUGUAUGCUUUAGAAAAUGAAACUAUAUAAAAUGAAUAUAUAUAUAUAAAUAUAUAUAUAUGGAUAUAUUCAAUUGGAAUAUGUGUUUUUCUAAAUGUGUUGUAAUUUUAGUUGAGUUGUUUUAAGUACUCAGACCACAUGCAGAUCUGUCAAGGGCCGAAGCCACAGACUCCCACUAGCUGAGACUCCUGCAUAGACCGUAUAUGAUAAUAUUAAUAGUCUAUGGACUCAAGCCACUGGCGAGAACUUUUACUGAAGAGUACUUCUGCUGUAAAGAGGCAAAGCUUAUGUUUGUUUGUUUUCUUGUUUUUGUUAUGUUCAAAGCCAGAACUGUUGUUCUGUUGUGGACUAAUGUAAGCUGUGGUGGACUUGGCCUUUCCCUAAACAGGAAGAAAACCUCUUGUGAGUGACCACGUGAUCCCUGCUGUCUGGAUCAAGCCCUGUGUGUACACUGAUAACCUCUCCCUCUCUCUUUCUUUUUCUCACUCUCUUCCCCCCUCUCUCUAGCUCUUUCCCUUUUCCACUGUGCUAUCUGCCUCGCUGACACGACAGGGAGACAGGCUCCAUGAUACAGCAUGGACGUUCGUGUGUUGCUCUGUGUUCCUCUUUUAUUUUAUAUCUUAUUUUGUCAAAUUUCCAGAUUGGCGCUUCAAAGCCUCUUCGAUGAACAAGUGCCUCAGAGUAAGGGGAGGGAUGGGGGAUGCUAAGACUUUAUUUAAGAGUUAAAUGACUGCAGUGCGAGAUGACAAACUGCAUUACAGAUUCAGUAUAUUUUCCUUAAGACUCACAGACUGUGCAGCAUUAAAGUGAUUUUUUUUCUAUAAAAUGUAUAUUGUCUGACAAGAAUCUUGCCUGGCAACAAGUGUAAAGAAAACAUUAAAAACACAUUUUAAAAAUA